UUUGCCUUCCCACUCUGCUGCAGGUUCUUCAGACCCGGACUUGAGCCUGUGUGUGGCCUCCUCGCCCCGCAGCCCUUCGCCAUAGCCCUCAGUGAUGCUGACGUGCAGAAGCAGAUAAAGCAUAUGAUGGCUUUCAUUGAACAAGAAGCUAAUGAGAAAGCUGAAGAAAUAGAUGCAAAGGCAGAAGAAGAGUUCAAUAUUGAGAAAGGUCGUCUGGUACAAACCCAAAGACUAAAGAUUAUGGAAUACUAUGAGAAGAAAGAAAAGCAGAUUGAACAACAGAAGAAAAUGCAGAUGUCCAAUUUGAUGAAUCAAGCAAAGCACAAAGUCCUCAGGGCAAGAGAAGACCUUAUUUCAGACCUACUGGCUGAAGCGAAACAAAGACUGAGCAAGAUGGCAAAAGAUACGACCAGGUACCAAGUGCUGCUGGAUGAACUGGUCCUCCAGGGUUUGUACCAGUUGUUAGAACCCCGAAUGAUUGUGCAUUGCCUAAAACAGGAUUUCCCUCUGGUAAAGGCUGCUGUGCAGAAAGCAAUUCCUAUGUACAAACUUGCCACCCAAAAUGAUGCUGAUGUUCAAAUUGAUCAGGAAGUCUAUCUGCCUGAAGAAAUAGCUGGUGGAGUUGAGAUCUAUAAUGGGGAUCGUAAAAUAAAGGUUUCCAAUACCCUAGAAAGUUGGCUGGAUCUCAUAGCCUAGUAGAUGACGCCAGAGGUACGGGAGCCUUGUUUGGUGCAAAUGCCAACAGGAAGUUUUUGGACUAAACUGGGAGAUGGAGUUCAUCUACUAUUUCAGAGAUAAUGGAAGUU